GACAUGGUGCUGCCUGUGACCCAUGUGCUGGCCUUCGGCACUUGGCUGGUGGUACAGAGCAAGGCUGCAGCUGAUGCCCCAACCAUCUCUAUCUUCCUGAAGCCGCCUGGGGUGAUCCCACCGGGAGGCUCCACCACCAUCUGCUGCAGGUGCCAGUGUGACGAUGGGAAUGUUGUGCUGUACAAGCACGGCCAUCAGCUCCGUGCCCUGGAGCUGCGUGGUGGCAGGGCCGAGUUCCCCAUCUCUAAUGCCACCCAAGAGGACGCAGGUCCCUACAGCUGCCAUUACCUGGCUGGAGGCACUGUGCUGGCUCGCAGCGAGACCCUGGAAGUCAUGGUGUAUGAGUUCCAUCUCCCCAGACCUGUCCUCUCUGUCCUGCCUGGACUUGAGGUGCCUGCAGGAGCUUACGUGACUUUCCGCUGCACCAUCACACACUCCAGUGCUGGCUGUUUCCUGUACCUGGAGGGCCAGGACAAAGCCCUUGACUUACUUCCGAAGGAUCAAGAUGAUUUCAACCUCUCCCGUGUGCAUAAAGGCAACGAGGGCCGCUACAGCUGCCAGUGCUUCACCAGGGGUGCUUUGUUGAACUGGUCUGAUGUCAGCAAUAGUCUGGAUUUGGUGGUGAAAGAUUACACCUGGAGCAAUGUGGUGCGCCUGGCCCUGGGCGCUGCCGUCCUGGUCCUGCUGGGGCUCGUUGUGGCCGAGGACAGGCACAGCCACUGCUGCAUGUGGCUCGGGGGGAGAGGCGGCUGCGCUGCUCCCUGCACCCAGGGCUCCCUGUGA